AUGGCAUCUCUUCUCUCCUUCCUCCUGUUCUCCCAGAUGGCUGCAGCUGUCUCCAAAGGGCCUUUGUAUGAUUCAUUCGUCUCUUUAUCAAUCGAACUCACUGGUUUUCCCUCGUUUGCUGGCACGAAAGAAAGCCCGAACCAAUUUUCGUACAACUUAAUAAAGGCUCUUGCUGAUGCACAAGGAAGUCCCCUGGUCAUUCGAGUCGGAGGGAACUCAGCUGACCGAGCAAUAUACGAUGCCAACCAAUCUGAAGCCACUGCAUCCUCGUGCGACGCCGAUCCUGAGGCUAUUCUCUGCAUUGGCAAGUCGUUUUUCGACUCCUACGGCGCGUUCCCUAAUGGCACCACGUAUUCGCAUAAUUUUAAUCUUGCGGCAUCAAAUAGCUCUGGCUAUGAUACGCUUCGAGAAACAGUGCCACUUGCAUGUGAUGCACUGCGUGGACAACUAAAUGUUUGGGAGGUUGGAAACGAACCUGAUCUGUACAGAGGGAAAUGGCGCCCAUCCGACUGGCCGGCAGAAGACUAUGAGGCUGACUGGCAGAAUGCUACCGACAGCUUGAAAACAUACCUACAAGAUGCAUGCGCGGACAUGGCAGCAAAUGGCUCUUUCAGUCUGAUGGCACCAUCUGUAAGCUCUCCUGGGUCUGGAAUCAAAGUCACCGAUAUCUUCAACGACGGCGAAAACAGUGAAAACUUUGUGAAGCAAAUCUCUGUCCACAACUACAUGGCCGGUGCUAGUUCAAGUGGCGUGACCGUACAAAACACACUAAUGAGCCACAAAGCUGUCGCGAAUAAGUUGCAGAGCCACGUCAAUUUAGCCGAGUCUCUCAGCGACGUUGACGCAGAUUACAUUCUCGGCGAACAUAACAGUCUCUAUGGGGGAGGUGCAUCGGGAAAAUCCAACGUCUUUGGUGCUGGUCUCUGGGUUUUGGAGUUUUCCGCCUAUGCUGCCUCAACUGGCUUCAUUAAGAGAGAGCAUUUCCAUCAGGCCGUCGGCUCGGCGUAUUCUGCGUGGUUGCCUGUGUCGAAAGAUUCGUCAGACCCCCAGACGAACCCUCCCUACUAUGGAAAGCUCGCUGCUGCAACGUUUCUCGCCAACAGCUCGACGAUUGAAGUGAAAACUAUUGAUCUAAAUGGUGAUGCCGAUAAAGAUUCAGGGUAUGGCGCGUAUGUCAAUGGCACACUUCAGAGAGUGGCGCUGCUUAACCUUCGCGAAUUUUCAUCAUCUUCGGGUUCCGAUCGGGGCUCACAGAAUUAUACUAUAAGCGUUAAUCCAAACGAGUCUUGGGUUGUGAAACGCUUGACUGCACCAGGCGCUGAUGUCGACACUGGCGUUACGUUCAACGGGUAUUCAUACGAGUAUGGGACCCUAGGCUUACCAACGAGAGAUAAUUCGACCAGCAGCGAUGAGAAAGUGACUUCCGAUGCAAGUGGGAAUCUUUACGUGACUGUGGCUGACUCGGAGGCAGUCAUUAUCACCAAAUGA